AUGCCGAUCAUGCAGCACGAUCAACUUCAAAUUGAACACGAACGGGCAACAGAAGAAACACCCGGUGUAACGCAGGGAAUUCCAAACAGCCAACCGCCUGCAUAUAUUCUACAACCCUGCAAGAAUGCCUCACAAAACGCUGCCCAAAAUCCAGCCCUAGCUGACCAAGUGCCAAAAGAAGGGAUGGUCAACCAAGGUGUUCCACAAGGUAACACAAUGGUAUCUCUCCAAGAAUAUACCCAAAGUUCUGCACCCAGCCAAAACUCAGCUCAGGCAAAUCCAUCCCAAAAAGCAGACGUUACUAGUCAUUCUACAGCGGGGUUCAAUUAA